GUUUUUUUAAUCUUACACCACUGAUCUCUCUUAAACGUCUAGGGUUUCAAACGCCGAAGGAAAACCAGCAGAACGACGAUGGAGACCAGCGAAAACGGCGGCGCUCAGCAGACGCAGAGGCGCAAGGACAAGCACCGCAAGCCGAAGCCUUGGGACGACGAUCCUAACAUUGACCGCUGGACCAUUGAAAAGUUCGACCCUUCUUGGAACGAAGGCGGCAUGCUUGAAGUCACCUCCUUCUCUACGCUUUUCCCUCAAUACAGAGAAAAAUACUUGCAAGAAUGCUGGCCAGUGGUGAAAUCUGCUUUGAAAGAGUAUGGCAUUACGUGUGAACUGAAUCUGGUUGAGGGUUCCAUGACAGUCUCAACAACCAGGAAGACUAAAGACCCCUAUAUUAUUGUCAAAGCUAGGGAUCUUAUCAAACUUUUGUCAAGAAGUGUUCCUGCUCCUCAGGCAAUAAAAAUACUUAACGAUGAAAUGCAAUGUGACAUUAUCAAGAUUAGCAGCUUUGUGAGAAGUAAGGAACGAUUUGUAAAACGGCGGGACCGACUGAUUGGCCCCAAUUCAUCCACUUUGAAGGCACUUGAAAUACUUACGGGCUGUUAUAUUCUGGUUCAAGGAAACACCGUUUCGGUAAUGGGUUCAUUUAAAGCAUUGAAGCAAGUCAGGAGGAUUGUGGAAGACUGCAUGACGAAUGCAAUGCAUCCCAUAUUUCAUAUCAAGACUCUCAUGGUGAGGAAAGAACUUGAAAAGGAUCCGGCGCUGGCUCAUGAGAACUGGGAUAGAUUUCUCCCCAAGUUCAAGAAGAAAAAUAUUAAUCAAAAUAAGGUCAAGAGUAAAGAGAAGAGACCAUAUACACCAUUCCCGCCUCCUCAGCAACCUAGCAAGAUUGACAUACAAUUGGAAACUGGAGAAUACUUUUUGAACGACAAAGUGAAAUCCGCAAAGAAGUGGCAAGAGAAGCAGGAGAAACAGUCUGAAAAAACUGCAGAAAAUAAGCGAAAAAGAGAAGCUGCUUUCAUUCCUCCUAAGGAGCCUGCAGUCCAGGAGACCAAAUCUGAUGAUGGUAACAAAGAUCUGACUUCCGUAGCCACGUCUCUGACGAAAAAGGCAAAAGAGUAUGGAAUACAAAGAAUGGCUGAGAAUGUAAAUCCAGAAGCAUAUCUUGCGGAAUCUGGAGGACCAUCGAAAAAGAAAUCCAAGCGCAAGCAUUCCUAGAUACAAUUUUGUGUUGUGAUUUGUGAUAGAUAGGUUCACAGAUGAGGUUGGACAUGUAUGAUCUUAUCAAACUCUGGAUGGUUUGAAAUGUAAUUGACUCAUUUUUUGUCUGCGAAUGAAUAGCGUAACAAGCAAAUCUUUCGUUA